AUGAAGCAGGCAAGUGAUCUUAAAUCGAUAUCGGUGGUGAGUCACACUUUCAGAAGAAGUGCUAAAGUGUUUAGUAAGGAGAAGUUAGGUGUAGCCUUGUACACGGAGAAGAAGCGCCAUGCUCAAAACACUGAAAAAUGCAAACUAGCUCCUGGUGAUCUGGUGUUGUUGUAUAAAGCAAGGUUGUGUUGUUUUCUGGGAAGAUCUAAGUCCCAGUGGACUGGACCAUUCAGAGUGACCCAAGUGUCCCCACAUGGAGUGGUUGAGCUCGAGAAAAGGAAUGGGACAAGGUUCAAAGCCGACCAACGGAGGAUAAAAAGCUACAUGGGAAAUUCUAAGAGUGUAAAUGUAGUGAUAGAGGCCUGGCAUCUUGAUAAAGUCUGA